AUGGAGCUGAGGAUCCUCCUCCUCCUGCUGCUCUGCUUCCCAGGCUCUCGGCUCCCUCUUCUCCUGCCCUACCGCACCCCUGCCCUGACUGACGGGCCCGCGGGAGGGAGCUGCCCCAGGGCAGAGUUUGGCCCAGGUGCCCAGCUCAGGCCGGGGGGCGGAUGCCCGUGUGCCCACCGCUCGCGCGGCACUGACCACACGUGCUGUUCCGCAGAGUUGAACAAGCACGAGUUGGACCGUCUCUCUGUGCGGUGCCCGUACAGCACCCUGGGGUACAGCACAGGGACAAAAGCCUGGUGUCGAAAAGAAGGUCAGAGUGAGUGUAAAGUUGUGGCAAGGACAGAUUACCGUUCAACGCGGCGUAACAGCAGAGCUCUGGCAGACAGAACAUUGAUCCAGGAUAACACCUGGAACAGGACUGUCACCAUCACCAUGGAGAAGCUGCAGGCCCGGGACAGCGGCGUGUACUGGUGUGCAACCUACAGAGGCUCUCACCUCAUGGAGAAAAUGGAGGUCAGGCUCUCUGUGUCCAAGAGUGAGUACCCACUGGCAGCCAAGCGGGGAUGCGGGAGCGCGUUUAUGUCCACGCAGCCGUGGCAGGGAAAUGUAGCUGUAUCGGCUGGAACAACUUUGUCAGGCGCUGCAGGUUGCAGUCAGUCUACCCCUUCUGGCAACACCCCACCACCCAGCUCAAAUGGAAACAUCUUCAACCUACGCUAUGGGGUCCUGAGCAUCCUGUUCAUCCUGGCACUUAUCAUCUUGAUAACACUGUGUGUCUGGCGGCGCAAGCAGCUGAAGAGCAGAGGUACCAGACAAGCAGAGGACAUCUAUGAGAAACCAGAGGACAUAACACAGCUUGACAGCACUGAAAGAAUGGAAAGUUCCAAGGAUGACAGCAACGACCUAAAAUAUGUUACCCUGAACUUUAAAUCCCAACUCAGCCCUGAGGAUGCUCUCUACUGCAAUGUUGAACCAAGUCAGACUCACAGCAAACCCGAAGAUGAAAAUGUGGAAUAUGCUAUCAUUGCACUUAAGCAGUUACCAACGAAUGACAAAGGAUGAAGCACAGAAUCCCAAAACAGUCCAGAAAUGGGAGAAAAGAACUGGAAUACAAAGUGGGAAUGGGGCGGAGAAGGUGUGUGGACGGACACUGGGGAAAGAUCUAAGCUUUUGCUGCCCUGUGUAUGUUGCCUAUGCAUUUUAAGACCUCCCUCCUAUUAGAGGCCAGUAGAGAAUUUUGCCACGAGUGUACAGACUCUCUCAGGUCAGACAGAGGUGCUGGGUCAUUCUCAGGAUCCCUUGCACAUCUGCUUUCUUCAAGUCCAUUAAAAUGCAGACUCUUUUGGUGAGGCAGGUGUGGAGGACUGACCUUUUGAAAAAGAGCAAUAUUCAUCUGGACAUGGAUGGGUUUGGUGUUUCAACUGUGUUCACUCGUAGAAACUCUAUCCCAGUCCUAAGGGUUCAGCUACUAUGGCCAAGCAAACUCAUUCCAGUGCUGUAGGGAUAAAAUUCUAACCUUGCUGUGACUGGGUUCAUUUGCCAGGUAAUGGGUGGGGGAUAUGAGCACUGGAUUACAGGAAUAAGCAGAACCAGCAUCUACCUGAAGGCAAAUAGCUUGAGGGUGGUAUUGCAACACAAUGAUAUGCUGCAUUGCAAACUUUGCAAACUGAGGAUUGUGCUGUAUGAGUCUGAGCACCAGAAGGUCUUGUAGCUACAAAACAACAACAGCGCAUGUAAGUACUACGUACAGUUUUUGAGACUUCAUGCAAAUUCCCCUAUAACCUAAAUUUAUCAGUCUUCUUAGGUAAGAAGUAAGAUGGUAAGAGGCUUUCAAACUAAAGCUAAAUGUUUAGCUUCAGACUGAGAAAUAGAGUGCAUGUACAAGUGUCCCUUUACAGAGUGCAGAGGGUUGUGGGACGGAUUCGUGCGGCUGCUGUGGCUUACACUAGCAAGAGCCUCCAGCACUGUACCCUCUAGAUAACUGAAUUAUUUCCACACUUGAGGGCUAAAUUUUCUCUCAGGGUCAUCCACAGCCACAGCACAUUUAUGCAGUCUUUGAGGCCUGCACACUGAAAACAGAAUGAAGCAGCAGCUGAAAUCUGAAGUUACAGGCACGGCUUCCCAUGUGUAGCUUGUGCAGACUGCCCCAUCCCUUCACCACCUCCUAAUCAAAGGCCCUUACUUUGUGCAACAACUUCUGGCUGGCCUGCUCUCUUACACCCAUUGUUCCUCAAGAACAUGCAAACGGGCUGCUUAAACCAAGGAAUCAAGUAAUCAAGACAAGCAGGGAGAACCAAAAAUGAGUAUUUCUGGAGAAAGGAAAGAAGGGAACAAUAUCUGGUAUUGCACUAGAGAAGUGGACAGGGCACUGGGAUAUUUUUGAACAGAAUUUGCCUUGCUGUGCUAACUGCAAGGGCAAACCCAGAGACAGACAUGAGGAAGGACUGUAGCACAGAGGAAGAAGCUGGUAGGCUGUGUGGUGAAGCUGCAGGAAGUAUUACACAGACAACAGAGGAAGAAGUAUGAGCAUAAGAGGGCUGGUCUCAACAUCAGCUGCUAAAACAGAUGGGACACAGUGGUAAUUAAGAGUGGAUUAUUUACAGAUGUAAACGUCCAAGU